AUGGACAUCUCUCGUCUGAUAUCUCCUCCCUCCCCGGAGUCUGGCCAGUCGGUCAAACUGCCAGCUCUGUCUCACUAUUCCCUCGCCUCCGCUGCUACCGCUCCUGCUGCUCUUCCGACUCUUUCAAACACCAUCUUGUCGCAUGGCCAAUCGCUUGAUCUCACAAAACCCGCUGCGGCCCAGAGUCCCAUCGCAGCCUCGCAACUCAGCCCUAUUCAACUCUCCCGAGACCCUCAACCUUCUAGCUCCGUUGAACGUCCUGAGCCUCCGCAACUCCCUCAAUCUUCUGGCUCUCGUAGCCGUCCUGAGGCUCCCACACCCCCUCAAACCUCAAACUCUCUCAAACGUCCUGAGCCUUCGCACCCGCUUCAAGCCUCGAAGCCUUCGAAACGGCCCAGACUGAAUCCGCGCCAGGUCUCCCGACCAACCUCUUCUCGACACUCCACCCCCUCAUCUGAGCAAGGCCAAUACGCCCCGUUAAUGCCGCGUUCAGCAUACGGCUCAACCGCCAGGCCACUUCAUUCACUCGCGCCUCGACCCCUUCGUGCUCCAAACCCGGCCCCGCCCAUCUUCGAGCAUGAACGCAUCGAGCUGGACAAGAUCUGCAGGCCUUCCGUCAAGGGAGAAGUGCUCCUCCCUUUCAAAUGCUCCCGUACUGGCGCAAUCGCCCAUCCUCGAUCCUUCACCGAAAAGUCUGCUGAGAGUAAGCUGGACUUUGGUGGCAAACGCAGGAGUGGUCGCAAGCCCACUGAAGCCUCCAUCUUGAGGAGCAAGGCUGCUGCCGAAAAGCGCGCAAGGGAGCUCCGGCCUACCAGACUCAGGAUCGACCAGCCAGUCAAAGCACAGUUGAACAUCGAUAUCUGGGCACAGAUCUUCCAAUGGACCUCUCCAAGCACCCUUUUCGAGAUCCGCCACGUCACGCCCUUCUUCGAGUAUAUUCUCUCUCUCGACAAGACGUGGGAAGCCUCACGUAUCAGUACGUUCGGACACGACAUGCCUGGCCCACCUGAUGGCAUGACCGAAGCCACCUACUGCGAGUAUCUCACAGGCACUACCUGUCAUUCGUGCAAUGAAUGCCCCGUCCGCAAGGUUUUUUGGGCUUUUCGCAAGCGGUGGUGUAACGAGUGCUACCGCACCUUGACCGUACGGGAGCGUGAGGCAAGAGCGUCUCUCGACAAUCUUCAUCCUCUCAUCCUGAACACCAUCAUGUCGGCCACGCGAGACUCAUGGGGCCAUUACAUUGGCGCUGGCUCCAUCCGUCAUUCUGCUGGACUCGGCGAUGGUCGUGUGGCAUGCUACUUGAAAUCCGACAUUGAGCAGCUGAGACGAGACUGGCAGGAGCUCUUGAGUGGUGAGACAUUUGAGAUGACACCAGAGCAGGUCACUGAGCGACGCGACAAAUGGAUUGCGGAACGAACUGCCGCGAGAGACGUCCUGAUUGAGCAAGCUCGCAAGAUCGAGGACUGGCAGCGCAACGAGGAUGCCAAGAAGAAAGAGAGCUACACCGACAAGCGUGAACAGCGCAUCGCCUUUUUCAAGAGGCAUGCAGAGGCUGUAGGCAUCAGUGAGAAGGCUCUUCUUUCCAGCAUGGCAUACCAACGCGCAGCCAAGAUUCCGAAAAUGCCAAGUGAGCGGGCCUGGGAUAUCCUAUUGCCGAAGAUCAAGGAAGAUCUGGCUGCUCUAGCACGGAAGGCUUCACGUCGCGCUUCGGCACGACACAGCGAAGAGCGAGCGUUGGCCGCGGCCGCGGCUGCACAUCGCAUCCCAACACUCCCGCCCCCAAUUGGCAAUCUCAACUUUGCAAGGCCUUCGGCGGCUAUACAUGCACUUCCACCGCACGGCAUCGACGCAUACCUCUGGCAACGACAACGGCAGGCCUGA